AUGGCAGCAAUGAUACCAGCAAGGCCAACUAGACCAAUAGCACUAGUGGUUCACCCAAUGAUGCCAGUACGUUAUCUAAUGAUAGGGAGUCCAAAGAGAUGGAACUUGGAGAUGCUUGAAAACUAUGUCAGUCCGGAGGAUAUCCUACUAAUUCAAUCUUUAGCCAUAAGUCAAGGAUAUCAUCGGGAUAAGAUAAUGGGUAGUCAGAAACCUUCUCAACAGGGAUACGAUGAACGCCCAGGUAGCCGAGGGAGUAACUCAGCUAUUGGGGGCACGAAACUAGUGGCGAAGAAUCUCACUACUUCACUCGGAGCUGGAGGCCUUUCAUGGGUGAUGGAGUGCAUGCUUCAGAUAUUGACGUGUCAGGCUUUUGGCACCAAUUGCAAAGAUCUAAUCUCGAUGAUUGAAGGCCCCGGAGCAUGGCCUAACAUUUCCAUAGAGUUAAAGGAGCUGAUGGAGCUGAAAAAUUCGUGCCGCUUUCAAAUCCCACCUCGACCAUCUUGUUUACUCGACAGAAUCGCUUUCUCGAAAUCCAUCGUUGAGUCGAGCCUCAAAAACCUAAUUUACCAUCCGGGUUGAACCCGGAACCGUGUUGGCUGCCGCAGUUCGAGCCCUAAUCACGAGUGGGAUAACAUGUGGGGGGGGGGGGUUGUACAGCGGAGCAUCUUGAAGUGAUUUGGAGGCUUUAUACAGCUUCUCUGUUACAAAGCUUGUUGAGUUGGUCACUGUUAUGGUGAUUCUGAUGUUGUGUCGAAUAUUGUGAAUAACCUGUUAUUGUAUUUGAAUGGUAGUGAGGAUCAGUCUGAAUUGUUGCAACAAGUUAAGCAUAGUUUGAGUAAAGGUGAUGCAAUGAUGUGUUUGUUGAUGAGUGAGCUUCAUGUUGGUAGGGCGAGUUUUAUGGAUCUUCCAACUUCGAGGAAUAAGGAGGAAGCUAACAAUGUAGACGGAGUUGGUAGUAUAGAUCUUUCUGGUUUCAUGGCACCAGCGUUGUGUAGUAGAUUCCACGGAUGUUGGGAUUUUGGGAAUGGUGGAGCAUGACCUGGGUUUUCUGGUAAAAGGGUCUUUGUGAACAUUGUUGAGUUGAAAUUGCGGAGAAGGUUUAAUCUUUCGCCGUCCAUGAAGUCUUUGCUGAAGCGGAAUGUUGCAGCUUUUGCAGCUUGGUUUCGGAAGCAGAUUGUGUCUGAAACCGGUGGUGAUAGCGUAAGUGUGGAGACUUGUGAGCAGCCACGUAUCUCAGGUAGGAGAGAAGAGAGUGUUAGCUCGGUGCUGGAGAAGUUUCGCGACCUGAACCUUGAUGAUACUAUGGAAUCAGUGGGUGGGGAUGAUAAGGAUGGUCUUAUAGUCACACUGGUUCAGCAGGUCAAGGAUCUUGAGAAGAAGUUAAAGGAAAGGAAAGAUUGGGCUCAGAAGAAGGCAAUGCAAGUUUCCCAAAAGGUCAGCGAUGAACUGCUGUUGUCAAAGGGGAAACUAGAUGUUGAUGAACUAACCGUGAAAAACUAUCCGAGAUGGAAAAUACUCUUAUAAAAGCUACUUGUCAGUAUGACGCAUACAAAUGUGAUUGUAAGAACGCUUGAGAAUCAAAAUGCAGUCCGAGCAAAUAGGAAAGGUCUCAAAUUGAGUGCAUCAGAAUAUCUGAAAUCAAAGAAGGAGAAGAAAUGUUUAAAGAAGCUGUUGGCGUGGGAGAAGCAGAAGUUGAAGUUGCAGGAUGAGAUUAUAGCUGAGAAGGAAAAGACUAAGGCUCUUUAUAAUGCUUUAGCUCAGAUCACACAGGAUGAAAAGUAAAUUGAGGAGAAAAGGGGGCAGAAACAUAAAGAAAAGGAGCAAGCUCUGGCUCAAUUGGAGGAAGAACAAGGCUCAAAAGAAGAAGCUGAGGCACACAACAAGAGAAAACUAGAAACUCUCCUUAAAAUCGAACUAGACUUCCAACAACACAAAGACGAUCACCAAAGGCUUGAGCAAGAGCUCUGUCGGCUCAAAGCCUCUUCAGAUACUGAAUCAAGCCACUUACCCAACAAUGUUUAGAAACCCGAGAAAGGAGAGAACAUCACUAAGCUGCUUGAAGCAAGUAAGCUUGAAGGUUCUUAUGAGAGUGAAGCAAACAAUGACCGGGAAUGCAUAAUCUGUAUGAAAGAUGAAGUCUCUGUGGUGUUUCUUCCGUGUGCGCAUCAAGUCGUGUGUGGUAGUUGCAGCGAUAGUUUCUUCUCGGGCAAUAACAAUGGUGGAAACAAAGUCACUUGUCCAUGCUGCAGAAGUUUGGUUCAGCAGCGAAUCCAUAUAUUUGGAGCAACCUCGUGAAAAAAAGAAAACGAGUUAACUUCUCUUUUUGGUUUUAAAGAGAUCAUCAGAACUUCAGGUUUUACUUUAGAAGUACAAAAAAAAGUAAAUGCUUAGCAUCUUGCUCAAAGCCUUUUAGACUUGAGUUUAUCUUUAUUGUACACACAAUUGCAAUUGUGAUGGAAACUUCCUUAAACUAAUCUUGAUAAAGAUUUAUCUUUAUUUAUGCAAUUAAUAGAUAUACAACAUUGAUUACACAUACUUUUGAGACCUAACAUGUCUUAGAAAAGUGUAAUAAAAUGACUUGUUCCACUCCUAUUCUGUGAGGCUCGACUCUCCUGAAUGUUCUCUCUCCAUCAGAGACUUAUGGCACAUGACAGUACCAGCAAAAUGAAGCAUCCCAUGUUUCACAAGCUCCAACCUCUACCACUUUUCCAUUACUGAGAACCCAAACCGCUGAGUCCAAGUGGUCACAACGUCUGCAGCAGCCGGUAAUACCAAUAUGCAGACUCCCAUUCUAGACAUUUGCUUCUCCAGCUCAUCCAUUAGCACUCUACACAUCCCCCCUCUCCCACCAAAGAGAUCUCAGCUACAUUCUUUUCAACUCUCACUGCAGCCACCGUGAUUGGUUCGUUGUUCUUCUCGAUCAUAACCGUGUAGAGCCCUCGACCAACGCCUACACCGUCUUUCUUGAAUAUCAGUUCCUCAACAAGGUCUCUCCCGGAGAGAGGAUCUUUUGUAGGCUCAAACCCUUGGUGAAGUAUCUUAACAGCAGAACCUAGCUUUGAGACCUGUUCAUUAUCAUAGUGUUCAUCCUCAUUUGGAGCUCUCAUCAGUGUCCAAACCAAAUCCUCCUCGUUGCCAACUUCAAUCUUAUGUCCUACGAGACUCUGAAGCGCGGAAGUGACUCUGCUGCAUUGACGACUACAGAACCAGCCUCUGUAUGAAACAAGACAGGGAUCUUGCUUUAAACACUUGAGAUGGAACCUUCUUUGGCACUGCUCACAAGUCAUCAACUUGUUGUUUCCUGAUGUCUCUAUUGAUCCACAUACAUUGCAGCAGCAACAAGGAUAGAAACAUAGCUUUUCCUUGGGAAGACUCAAUAAUCCGAGGCAAGUAUAGUGAAAUGCUGAUGGACAACCGUCGCAUAGAAACAACUCCCAUCACCGUGACAGAAGCAACACACAUCAUAGUUCAUCUCCGGACCACAGUCUUUCCUCCAGAAUCUCACAUACUCCUUUUUCACACUUCUUGUUCUUCUCCUCCAUCACUUGCAAGACUUUGUUCAGCGACUUCCAUGUCCUUGCCCUUAUCUCAAUCUUAUCUUCACCCGGAGCCGAACUAUCAAAUCCAACCAUCGUCGUCUUCCUUCUCUUCUUCUGUUGCUGAUUUGACACAUCAGUAUUGAGUACGAUUUUGAAGGAACAAGUCUUCUCUUUGUGAAACGCAGUCGUGCUGUAACAAUUCUUCACUCUCUUCAUCUUCUUUUUUUUUGUUUAACACAACAAGAUUUCUUGGACAGCAAGGCAAGUCAGAUUUGGGAACUAUUUGUUGUUGUUGUUGUCGUCGUCUAGGGACAUCUUCAUCGACACAACUUAGACAAGCAUCAACUAGAGAGUGGAACCACUUUCUGUCGUUAGAUUUGUAGCGCAUCUCCCGUUUCUUACCAUUAAAAGCGUAAGAUAAGACCCAACCAAGAGCUAAGAGAUGUUUCUUCACUUUAAUGGAUAAAUAAGACCGUCGAGUUCCAUUGUCGAUCUUGUUUCCUUGUUGUGUAAGUGAAAGCCAGUCUUGGACUGAACUUGGAUUCAGUUCUGCUUCUACAAGAACAUCCUUGAACACCUCCUAAUUCGAGUUUCAGUAAGGGUUCUUCGUUUUUUGAGUCGAGAAUGCUCUUUUUAUUGUAGUAUCUAGCGUCCUUGUUUUUCAAAAAAAGAAAAUUUCCAUAAAUACCGAGUUAAAAAAAAAAAGGAAAUUCAGCUUUCCUCUCUAAUUUCGGUCUGACUGUAUUUUUUAAUUCCUUUCCAUGACACUGUUUUUGGUUAAAAUAAUAGUUUAAGUAAUUUUUAUUGUUACUUGAUUGGAGAAGUUUUUAUUUUACAGUAGUUGCAAAUUGUUUUUUUUUUUCAGAAAAUUUUGUUUCUCGCGGUUUUGUUUGCGGGAAUAUCCAAGUAUUCCGCCUUUUUUUUCAUCUGGAUUAUUGUAAACUAUACAUUCCAAUUUCAAUAGUUAUUUAUGUACACUGACAAAAAGGUGAAAAAGUCCCUCGAGUUCAGAAAAGGAAAUAAUAGGAAACAAAACGAGAAAUGGGCCGGUAAAACUUCAAACGGGUCUAUAAAAUAAGCCCAAAUUAAACAAUGAU